AUCAUCCCUUUGUUUACACUUCCCGCUAGCUUGCAGCCCUCGACUCCCCCAACCUAACAUUACUGCUGUUCAUCAGAGUGGGUCUUUAGGGUUCCUCACACACAUUAAAGACGAUUUGGAAUCUCACUUUACUGCUGGUGAAUUAACACAUAAUUCCACUUCCUGUAGGCUUGCUUGACUUUUAACAGUCCAAGUGCCUGAAAACCAGCGCUGUUGUUGUUUUAAAACUUGUCAAAUUCUUUUGCGGUUCAGCAAACAGGAAGUACAGUACAGACCAAAAAUUUAGGACACACCGUCCCCAUUCAUUUGAAUGAGAAGGUGUGUCCAAACUUUUGGUCUAUACUGAAUGUUUGCAGAAAGAAAAGUGAGGCCUUGGCAAAGCUGUAAGUUGUGUGGUGGAAAUAACAGCCAUAAAUGGUGGUCUUCUCCAAAACCCAGACCUCACAUUGUCCAGUCUCACACAUCAGCAGUUGGACUUGUUUUUCUGCGGACUGCUUUUGUUUACUGUGUCAAGGUCGCAUUGAAACUAUGCCACACACUUUUGCAGGAUAUGAAGUAUCACCGUGUUUUUAUGCGGAUUGGGAGGAGGCUGUGAAUGAAAGGGACCAGAUUGAGUCUAGGAAUCAAAAUGAAAACAGAACCGUCUGUUUUGGAUUUGUAAGGCUGGAUUAAAUAGGAGGUUGUGUGUGUGUGUGUUGGUGUGUGAUAUCCUCACACUUGUUUCUAUCUGGGAGAUUGGCUCAUAAAGAGUGAUGGUCACGGCUCGCAGAGGUCAGUGUGACUCGCCGUCACUCUCGCUGUCCGAUGUGGAGGGAAAGCGGGCGCGGACAGCAGAUUUAUUUGUUUGCCUUCUACUCUUGACUUGAAGAGGAGUGUGAAGACUGUUACAAAAAAAGACAAUCUUCCUCCAUGAUGACUUUCCUGCAGAAGAUGCGUUCUCCUUCCCUUUCCUUCUUCCAGACGGUUUUGUCUCUCCUCCUGAGCACCUUGGCUCUUGUGUCCUCCUUCUGGUGCUCGGGUAAACAGAAGGUGCCAAAGCCGCUCUGCUCGGCCACCAAGCACACCAACUGCAUCCCCGUCCCCGGCCUGAACAACUACUCCAACGUCCAGUUCUUCUGGGAGACCGGGGACGACCGCUUCGUCUUCCCCACCUUCCACACGGGGCUGUUUUUCAUCUGUGAGGAGAACAUCUAUGCAGACGGAGGAGAGGAGAAGUGUCGGGAGUUUUAUACGUUGCCUCCAGGAUCAGAAAAAGCAAUCAUGUGGCUGUCGCUGUCGCUGGAGCUUAUGUACAUCGGCCUGCUGGUCAUCAGCUGCAUGCUGCUGUCUGUGCAGCUGUGCAUCAAGGCCUGGUUCCCGUCCACGCUGCGCUGGGGCCAGCUGCUCAACGCGUUUGCCGCCAUCUUCACAGUCCUGGGAGGUUUGCUUGGAAUGGUGGGUCACAUGAUGUACAUGCAGGUGUUUCAGACCACCGUCACAAUGGGGCCGGAAAACUUCAAACCUCAUAGCUAUGGCUAUUCCUGGGCUUUCUAUGUGGCCUGGGUUGCCUUCACUGUCUGCAUGUCGGCCGGAGUCUCCACCCUCAACAACUACACUAAGAAGGUCCUGAUGGUGGGUCCCAGGCGGAGCUCCAGCCUCAACCCCUGCAGCUUCAACUUUGUGGGAAUCCUGCCCCCCUACUACACCCCUCCAAACCCAGCCCUCGCCCCAACCCUGUCUGCCCCUCUGAUCUCCCACCUGUCUCCUUAUUAUGAGCCACCAUCGGAGGGGUCCCCGCCCUCCCCUCGAAGGCUAAUGCACUCCAAGUCCUUCCCUCCUCCUCCAACCCACCAAGCACCCCCAUCUCCAUUCCACCGCAUGUCCCUGCACUCCCCGUCUCUUCUGCACGCACCCCCCCGUUCUAUGCACCUGACUCUGCCCGGACAGAACCACCCCAAUCAGGGCGAGGAAUACAGCCCACUCUGAUCUCCGGAUUCGGUCCGAAAACCUCUCUGAUCCAAACUUUCAAAGGCUCCUUUAAGAUCCGUGUUCAUUCUUAUAUCGUAGAGCUGCUCAGAAAUAACUGGAUGCAAAUGUUAUUAUUGGCAAAAAGGAAACAGCAUCAUGGGAAACAUAAUUCAUAUUUACACAGUACAGUCAUGCUUGAAGAUUCCUGCCAGUUGCCUUUCUGUCACACUCUGCAGUCAAACGAUGUGAGUGAUUGAAGGGCUGUUACGCUUCAAACGCCUCAUCAGUUUGUCACAAUGAGGAGCCAUUCUGGCCUCAGAGCCUGGACUGUGUCACGUUUGUGUGUGCUUUACUCAGAGAUUUUCUUGUGUUGUUUUUAAUUCUCUUUUUUUUUGCAUCUUUACAAAUAUAUUAUAUUGUGUGGUAGCACGGCCCUACCUCACCUGUGGGGGAGACACCUACAAACCACCCUACAGCCACUACGCAUGUUACAGAAAUGAGCCAUAAGACUAAUUCUAAAUACACUUCUGCAGAACAUACACAACCUGUUUCAGUUGUGUAAUAAUGUAGGAAUGCUUAGUUUUCAACACUUAAGCCGGCUCUUUGCUUUGCUCAGAUUGAUUUGCUUAUGUCAUAUACAGUUAGCUAUCACUAAGGUCUAAACCUCCUCUUCACCCAUGCAUAGACUAAAUAACCCUUGUGCUAUCCUAGGCACUUUACCGUUGGGAGUUGGGUCAUCUGGACCCAGUAGA